AUUACUUUUCGUCUGUUUAAAAUUUUCAGUAAUGUUCAGACUUAUCAAAAGUAGUUCACUGGCACAGUGGCUAUACGCACGAUCGUCAUCGUGCGAAUACAACACAAACCCAAACACACUGGUCAUCUCAGCUGUAAGCAAACCACUGAUCACGACAGAGACGACGAAAAUGGGUGAGGCAGAAAGAUUGUGGAACCAGCCAAAAAGUUUAGAAGCCAAGCUCAUCGAAUUGCUUAACCCAGUGGAGCCAGUUGUGAUGCGUCUCCAGUCGCUUUUCGUCUGGGAAUAUCCUCGUCGAAGUGUUGUUUUGCUUGUUGUCGUCCAUUUGAUAUUUUGGCUUAUCGCAUGGAGCCGAUUGCAAGUGUAUUUCUUGCUCUCAAUGUUACUCAUGAUAGUAUUUUUUGUGGAUACUUGGAAAAAGAAAAUCUGGCCAGAAAUCCGAGUUCCACCUCCUGUCCCAGAUGAUGUAGAUGGGUGGACACCAGUUCAUCCACGGCUCUUGAGCGUGCCAGAAAUUUCUCACCAUGUGGCAGUCAACAUUUGCAGCUGUUUUAGAAUCCUUGGAUCUCUUCGGCAGUUCCGCAGAGAAAAACCAUUUUUGUUCUUUCUGGUGUCUGCUGCAUUUCUUCUAUGUCUUGCAGCUCUUGGACAUUACAUGUCAGGUUUUCUGAUUAUCUACACAUUCGUGAUGAGCGUCAUGAUUUGGCCUAGUGUCUUUUACCACAACCUGCUGAAGAGAGCAUACCUACGUAUGGAACCUCUUUUUAUGUGGUGGGACUACCAGUUAAAGAGCAAGUGCUAUGUACGCAGAGGUAAUCAGGUAGUGAACUACACAGACCAGCCUUCGCAGAUAUCCAUCUCUCAGGGAGUAGGAGGGCGGGAUGGACGUCCAAGCAUGCUAGCACAAGUAGUGGAAGAAGUAGAAGAAGACGACUUUUUACCUAGCAUUGAUCCUGUCACUGCAGCAGCCCUAGCUCGUGCCAUCACAGACAGCGAAGAUGAAGGAACAGGAGGUACACCUUCCCUCCCUACCCCCGGUCUAUCAAAGGAGCCCUCUAUUGACAACAGUGAUGAGGAAAGACGAACAGAAGAUUUUAGCCUGGAUGUAGAUGCAAUGCCUUCUUUUGAUGACCUUGACCACUCAGAUGAUGAUAUAACUCCCUUAACAGCCAGUCCAAACACCUUUACUGGUGCAUCACGGUCUUCAGGAGAAAUGGCCUUUUCACCUUUGCAUUUCGAUGAUGCUGAUUCUGACAGUGAUGAUGAAGUAGCUGGGGACAUAGGAUUCCCAGAUGUCACGCAGACUGUGCUUUCAUCAGACACAGAUCCUGUUACUGCAGCUUUUACCAGUACUCUGGUUACCAAGACACUUUCAUCAAUGAUGGAGACAGCACUUCAAGGCAUGAUGGGUCUGGGGAGCGGUGGGCAGGCAACUUCCUCCGGGGUGUUGCCUCGCACUGGCACGAAGAUAACUUACACUAAGACAUUGAAAGGGGAAUGUAUUGACUUUGCAACUCCUGAGCCAACGAUUGCUGAGGAUGAGGAAGGCUGUGAACCUAGUGAUGAUGAGCCUGAUAAUCCCAUGGAUGACACAAUCAACAAUGAGGUUGCGGAAAUUGAGAAGGAUUUUGACUUUUUGGAAGAACUUGAUGAAGAGGAACAGAGAGGAAAAACAGCGAAGAACUAAAUCUCUUGUUUUAAGUGCUGGUAUCUGUUUAUUGUUUUUGGGGAUGACUGAAGAGCAAAUGACUCCAGUAAAAGUCAGUUAAAAAUAAAAACAAUUGUGCAUUCAGAAUUUUGUGUACCACUUUAAGCUUUGUUAGGGUUAGGAUGCACAUGUACUUGAUGAAGAUAUUUUAGAAAAGAAGUAUGGUCUUGUCAUUGCAAUAAUUCCAGGGUAUAUUUCUUGCAUCAUGCAGCAUACCUUUACGGGAAGAAUACAGACCUCCUCAUUGCAUAAAGUACUUAGUAGUAGGAGUUGCAUGUUUACAAGGUCAAAACAGAUUUUAAUAAAUGCGUUUAAGGAACAAGCUAUCACACAUCAACAUUCUUACCUACAAAGGCACAUAUAAAGGUUGAAAUAGUCUCAUCAUUUAAUGUACAUGCCUGAUAGCUUUCAACAGAAAUGAAGAUGGGUUAUUCAUUCAGAUUUUGGAGAAAAGCAUCAUCUGCUUAAUUAAGCCAGGCUGCUUAAAGAGCAUUUGUACUGUUUUAUCUGUAAUGAGGAAAGUGAUUUUUGGUUACAUAUCACUUAACGUCUGUUCUUAACUAAGAGUUAAGGUGAAAGUGUGCUGUGUGUAUGGUUAUUUUGAAUUACUGGCUCUCCACAACAGCUGAAGAAGCUUGUAAAGAGUCCCUGAUUAUUUUCACAGUAGUCUAUGAAGAGAGAGCUACUGAACCAGUCUAAUGUUUGUGACCAUUAGACCCUGACUGUCAUGCUUUCGUUGGAGCGACUUAUUUCUAUGCUGCUUAUAUUUAUACAGAUCUAAGAUACAUUGCAAGAUCCUAACUUGUUAUAUCAUUCAGAUCCUUUAUAUGCAUUGUAUAUAAUAAUUUCCUUUUUUCGGGUUUUAUGCUAUUUUAUUCUGCAUGUAAUUGGCAUUUGUAAAGCUUGUAAACUUGUUUUACAGGUUAUUUGGAUUUUUUUUUAGUAGCAUCAUGACUCAAAUAUAAAGAUGAAAAGCUAGUAAAAUUACCUUGAAAUUCAUGUUGAUAUUUUCCCCAGUAUAUGGAUCAUGCAUUUUUGUGUAACCAGAGGUCAUUUUGGUUUGGAAUUUUGAAACUGUACUUUCUUCUCUCUGGAAGUGUGGUGUUUCAAGUGUAUUUUCUUUGGGAACAUGUUUGCAAGAAACAUACCACUCUGUAGUUGGUUGGCAAAAAAAUUGAGUACAAUAUAUCCUUUGUCUGUUUACCCAGUUCUUAAUGUGAUUUUUCUAGGAAAGUGUUGAUCAUUUCUGCAUGGCUUAUUUUGGCUGCUGUUAAAUAUUUUAUCUGCUAUUGAAACGGGACAAUUUUCAUUGUGAGAGGGGUUUUUCCAUGCCUUUUUAUGUUGAUGCUUCGUCUAUUAAAUGAGAAGAACUGAUCUUUUGAUUUAAAAAUAUAUAUAAUAUAUAAUAGUGUAGACUAUUAGACAAUAGCUAUAUAUAGUGUAGACUACUAGACAAUAGCUCCCAUUACAGUUGUGGUGUUCUGGAACUUACACGUAGGACGUGUUUUCAGACUUGUGACAUUUUUUAUCUUAAAUGUUUUAUUUCCUAUGUUUGAAGAAUUUUUUUUUUAACUAAUGUGUCUCUAUCAUGCAGCACACCAUGUUGAUGAUAGUAGGAACAAGUUUUGGUGUGAGUGGGUGUGUGUGGACUUGUGUGCAUGUGUCCACAGUGUUUGCAGGUAAGUGGGAGGAGCUUUGUGGGUUUGGGGCACUUGUGCAGGUUCACAUUUAUGUUUUUAUGGUUUAAAAUGGGCAGUGUUUAUUUGUGAAUCCUUUUUUCAUCAUAUUUGGCAAUGACGUGAUAACCUAAGUGACUUUAAGACACAAAUAUUUUGCCCCCCUUGUCCCCUCUGUAAAGCCGUGUCGGGCACCAUCUUCUUUCUCUGCAUGUGUCAUCUGUUUACAGGCUGGCUGCCUUGCCGUGAUAUAGCCUUAGUUGCUGGUUCAGCAUAAAACACCAGUCCCCUCUCCCCCUGUAAAGCACUUAAUGGGUGUAAAUAUUUUGGUGUGCUAUGUGAUUAGUUAUGAAGAACAAAUGCAAGGUGCUGCUAAAAGGUUUUUUUUGGUCCCAUGAGAGGGGUGCAUGAAUUCAUUUAUUUCAUAUUUUAUUAUUGAUUCUGAAGUUCUUAGUCUCACAAAAAGUUUCUCAGAACAACAGCUUUAUGUACCACAAGCUAAAUCAUGAUUUUGUUCAUAACUAGUUUGAUAAAUAGAUUGCUUCAUGGGUCUACUUUUGUUUCUGUUGUCAGUAUAAAGGCAGAAGAAUUAUUUUUGAAAAAUUAAGAAUAUUUCAGAGGGCCUUUGUAUGAAUACAGCCUCUUAUAUGUAGUUUGACAUUUCACAUGUCAGCUAGCAGCGGAUUCUCAAAGGCCUGCGAAAGGCAGAGUCUAUACGUUGGUUGGCCUUUCUGUUAGUUUGGGUUUUUUUUCCCGGUCUUCUUUCUUUUUUUUAUAAGCAAAUUUGCCACCGCAGUCUCUGGUGGUGGUCUUUCGUAAGAGCAGCAGGAAUUGUGAUUUUGUUUCAAGGCAUGGUAUUGAGUUUUCAUGGCAGAAAUUUCCUAAACAUACCAAUUAUUCUAUAGCAAGUUAUAAUGGCUGAAUGUUCCAUGACAAAGUCGUAGUCUACUUUUUUAAACUCUUACAGAGUUUCUUGCUUAUUCACCGAGUACAAGUGGUUUUUCGUAUACACAUGCUACAGUAAAUUGUAAGAGUUAAAAAAGUAGGUAACUAAAUGAUUGUCAUUUGAAGAAGCCAUAGCACUUACAUGCCUUGCUUUCUUUUCAGAAAUACUUGUCUAUAUGCAUGAUUGUAAACUGUGAUAAAACUCAGAAAACAAUGAUCAUUACAGUGAUGGUAGUGGUGAUGUGCCUUUCAGGCUGUUUAGAUCAAUAUAUUCCAAGCAAGUUUAACAGUUUGUGACAAAUAUAGCUGCUUCUUCCAUUGUUCAGCCAUGCCUUUUAUGCAUUUCCUAAUGAAACAUGCAUUUAGCAGGGUUUGACCACGGUUAAAAUGUCUUUGGAAUCAAAGUGCAAAGACCUACAACAGACUUUCUCAGGAAGAGCUUUAUCAUGGGCGUUUCCCUUUUUCAGUGAGAAAUUUCUUUUUGGACAAUCAAAUAGUAGAUAGUUAUUCUUUGCAUCUUUAAGCUGACAGAUGUUUGUGCAGACGUGUGUGUGGAUGUGUGCACGUGCAAGUGCAGCUGUUUAACAAACAUAUCAGCCUAUCUGUUUAUAUUAGCUGUACCCAACAUUUUAAUUAUUUUGUUUGUUCUUUCAUUCAUGACAGUAUGGUUAAUGUGUUUUUGAAAAUUGGUAACAAAUAUUUGUGGUAUUCAAAUUGUUGUGUGCAUACUUUCCUGUGAUUGGCCCUAGUAUUGAAUCCUUCUGAAAUGUGUACAUAUUCUCUUUGUUGUAAAAUUGAGGUGGUAAAGGUUUUAUGUAUUCCCGCUAGGUCUCACGAAAACAAAAACCCUAGAAACAAUACUCUUCAUGAGGAUUGUGAGAUGCCUGUGUUACUAAAUAUUUAUGGUAGCAUUUUUUUAUUGUAUGGGGUGAUGGCUGUAUUCUUUCCAAAUUUAUAAGAAGUAGAAGCACAAACUUGAAACUUCUGUCUUGAAACUAGAAAUAGGUAAUCAUUUUUGUAGGGAAGUUUGUUUUCUGUGUCCUAAAAUUAUAUAUUUUCAACCUCAGAUCCAUGCUAUGUUUUUGUGUGUUCCUGUUUCAGUUUCAGAGAUGAAUGGUUUUUAAUUUAUUGCAGUAGGCUAUAAAUUAGACUUUUUUAAGAUUUCUAAAGUUUUGUGAGUACAUUGUUCUUUCUGAAGAGUUGUAAAUUGUCCCCUACCCUUCUCUAUACAUUAAGAACAGCAUAUUUACAUUAAAAUAAACAUUUUUUUUUUCCUUUUUACUCGAUGGGGAUAUUACUUGGUGAGUAAGCAGCUAGCCAUGGUUAGAGCCUCAGGUAAAGGAGAUGUGCAUAUUAGUCAGUUAAUACCCACGUGGCAGUGUGUUGACUCAGCUGUUGGUUACCCUAACAAACAAAGGGUUCGAGAAGAGAUGGAUACUACCAUCAUGAAAAAGCUCACUUUGGGGAAAAAGUAUACUUUUUAACUCCAUUCCUCACUAAUUAAAAGGCUAGGGAACUAUCUUGACCCAUACUUGGCAGAAAACAAUAACUUUCAGUCCAUUUACUGAGUAGACACAUUAGGUGUGGUGGUGAAAACAGAAGCUUUUAGCACUGUGAAGUUGCAAAAGUCACAAGUCUUUCAGAGGGAAGAUUCUUAGUAGAGGCAGUAAUCAGUCCAAGUGAAGACAUGGAGUUUUUGGCCACCUUUCAGACUUUUUUUGCAAGAUUAAUCUGGUUGACCCCAACACCCUAACAGCAAUUUGAAUUGUUUUUAAUAUCAAUAUAUUUUACAGUAGAAGUAUGCUGCAUUCUUCUUAAAACUACUUGUUAAUUUGUAUUAUAAAUGGUAGCAGUUGAACUGAUUUUUUUAUGGUCAGGAAUGUGUAGAAUACAGACCAUUUGGUCACUUUGAUAUUUGGUUCUAUGUCUUAGGUUGUGGUGGUGUAGUUUUAGUUUUGGAAUUUAGUUGUCAUAAUGUAGUUGGGUUUGACAUUUUGAUUUCCAUCUGACUUUAUAGUCACAUUCCAUGUCACUUCAUUUUGAUCUUUAGUGGUUUAAAAUGUGUUCACCAUUCUUUUUUCCUAAUCUUUUGUUGCAAUUUAAUUUCUCCCUUAUUAAUUCAUGUAGGAGCCAGAUUUGUCCACACAGGCUUAAGAUCUAUGAGCAUAUAGUUAAUCAUGGGAUUUGGAUGACAUACAUUGCUUGACUGCUGGAACCAUUUUAGAGAAGGACAGUGUUUGUCAUUUCUGGCGUUGUCCCUAAACUAUCUUACAAUUGGGGUACCCUUAUAUAUGACUGCAGAACCCUCCUUUUUUCCCUAAAUUCUGUCCCCUUCUGUCAGAGUCUGACAAUAUUCAUUUUCAGGAAAAGAAUGAUUUUACAUGCUAUGCCACAAGCUGUUAACCCCCAUUUUCUUAAGUUUCGAUGUUUUGAUAUUUUUUAGGCAUAAAGUGUGGGUGGACAAUUGCAAAUACCUGCAACAAUAGUUUGUUAUGUGAUCUUUAUACUUGAAUUCAUCUUUUAAAAUGGUGUUAGAAAAGCUUACUUGGCUCUAUAUGCCAUAAAAGAUAAUUGGUUUUGAAAAAGUCACAGUCCUAUUUAAUAUAAAAUGCAUGCACCACAGUUUAUGCUUUGCAUUGGAUAUGAGACUGUGACAAAAGUUUGACCCCUAAAAUGGGUCGUGUUGUAAAAUUAAUUUUUAUACUCUUGUUAUUUUUUUUUUCAGUGUUACCAUUGGACAAAGUCUUUCAGUUUCAAGCAAAAUUUAUAUAUUACUGUAAAUCUGUUCGUGUUUGUGAGAUUAUUAACAGAUAUUUCAUAAAAUAAGCAUUCGGACAGCAAUUUUUAACCCACAAGUUCUGUUGUCUACUAGACAAUAAAAGUAAUUAUCUCGGUGAUCAAAGUUUCCACAAUUUCGAGACAAAGUACCAUUAUGAUCGUAAGUAUGAAUUCGGAUCGUAUUAAUUUUUUGCAAAUAUGUUGACAAAUACUUCGCAUGUGGAAAUUUUAGAUUUUUGUUAGAUGGAAAGCUUCAGCGGACCCCAAAUGUUUUAAACUGCAUAGUGUGAAUUGAAUUUACGUCAAACAUGAUGAACCCUCGACUGGCUAUUUUGUUUUCAUGGGUGAUGACCCAAUUCAAGCAUUCAAACAGACGAAACAUGCAAAUAAAACCAACCACCUCACAAAACGCUAGUAUUUUCAUAUGUAUCUACUGAAACCUUUAUUCAUCCAUUUAGUUUCAGUUCAACAAAGCAAAAAUAAAUUAAGUCCAACUGUGUGCCAGAAGCAAACUUUUGUCACAAUGUAAUAUAUCACUUGUGAACCAUGCAUGUUCAAGUGAGACUGAACUCUGAAUACUUGAAAUAACUGAAUGUACAGAGAGUUGGAAAUGGUGAAACAAUUCAAAGUGCCUGAUUUUUUUUGUUGGUAGUAUUGUUUGAAAAAGGGUUAUGUGAAAGGUGAAUGAUUUAACUACAGCUGUGAUUAUUAUUUUUGACUAUGUCUCAAUUAUUUAAGAUAAGCUAAAUCAUGUUCUAUCAAAAGGUUUAGUUGCAAUUGCCUGAUCAUUCACUGGGUCUGUGUAGUACUCUCUAAAACUCUUGCUGAGGUAUUUUAAAUUAGCCAGACAAGAAACUGUGUGAUAACCCGACAUCAGCUAUGGUUACUUAUCCUACUUGUUUUCUUUGUUCUUUCUGUUUUUGUCAGACCUAAUGACAUUGCUGCUGUUAAUGAGGCCCAUGCUUCUUCUGAGGUCUCUUUUUGUGUGGGUAGGGGUGUGUGAUACUUGUUUUAUGACACAGAUUCUGCUUACUUAGAUAUUCCUUCAGGUGUGUGUGGCCAGUGCUUGCAUAUAGCAGAAAAUGAAAAUGUUGAAGAAAAUCUUCGUUGUACUAUAGUGUGAAAAACUCAACAAGAUCGUCAAAGAAAACUGUUGUCAAUAUUACUGUAAAACUUUAUUCAUACUUGUUUAGUCUCACUAGUAAUUAGUUUUCAGUGUCACAUAUUAGAAGUGUGGUCUGAAAAAGUGGGCAGUGUUAUUCUGUAUCACAGGAAUUGUCUUCUGUCUGCUGUCAAUGUUGUGUAUCAAAUAUUGUGUAGAUGUAGAAAUUGAAAAAUAUUUAAUUGAAAAAAAUACUUUCAUGUUGUCAGGUCUACACAUCAACGUUUCUUGGUAAAUUUUUACUGAAGUCAUAGGUACCUGUGAUGACACUUCUUCCAAUUAAAAUUACUUUACCUCAAAAUAUAUUGCAAAUUAGAUUUACCUCAUCCCUUUAACUGUAUUUAAAUGGUUUCUUCACAUUUUUCUGUUUAUAAUAGUACUGUAGCUACAGUUUAUAGUACUGAAUAGAUUAUUUUUUUCAGACUUCUAGUUUCUUAAAUGUCUUAUUAAGACAACGAGCCAAAACAUUUAGCCACUUUAAGAAAUGCCUUCAUCAUUUGAUAGGAUCUUAUGCACUAUUUUCAAAUGUUUGUUUGAUGAAUAAAUAUUUUAUAAAUUUGAUAUAGUAAUUUUGGCCAGACCUGCCCUGAAUUUUAUAACAUACCAUUACUUUUAGAUGUCUUCAGUUAAACUUUUAAUUGUGAUGAAGUCAUAUGCGAUUCCAUGUAGUUACAAUGAUGCUUGGUUUCAAAAUAAGUCUUUUUUGAGACUUACAUGUGUUGUCAGAGUAUAGAGUUUGUCACACAACUUUUUGUUUUAGCUACAGCCCUUGUAGUUGAUCUUUGCAAGAAAUAACACCUUUACUUUAAAUUUAAAAUAGUUUUUAAGUUUGAGAAUAGCUCUUUUAAGGAAUGUUUAAUUGUGUGAAAUCUCAGUUCUCUUAUAUUUGCUUAUUCAACUUUUCUUCAACUUAUUUAAACUCUAAGAUUAUCAACGGGGAGUUUAGAAUCUAGUCUGUUGUGGGGUCUUUUGUAACACCUUUCCAUUAAUAAUAACACUCUCCAGAGGGCCCAUCUGUCCUCUGAAAUCAAGUCCUUUUAUGCAUGGAAAGAUGCUCUUCCAAUUUAAUGCAGGUGGUUUGUGGCACAUUUGCUUUGGUACAAUAAUAACCACAUGGGCUAAUGAGUCGUCAGUAGACCCAGACAUUAGAAUGCAGUGUUCUGAUAAUUUCUUUAAAAAGUGGUCUCUGUGUGGAUUGUUAGAAGCAACAAAAUGUACAGUUAUCUCACUGGAAAUAAAAUCUAAAGUGAA